GAUUACGUACCGGUAACCGAGUUCCCCCGAACGUUUUCUAGAAGUUAGGAAAUAUUCGCAGUCGAAUGAAAGUGACCGACUUCUGUGUUCAACUUUAAGCUGAGAAAUUGUUUGAGUGAAUUCUCGAAGGUGUGGACUUAGAGCUUGAAAACAAAGUUUAGAAAAGGACUGACAGCAAAAUGGCCAAAGCUCCAGCAGUGGGUAUUGAUCUGGGAACAACUUACAGCUGUGUGGGAGUGUUCCAGCAUGGAAAAGUAGAAAUCAUCGCCAAUGACCAAGGAAACCGAACCACACCCAGCUACGUGGCUUUCACUGACACGGAACGACUUGUCGGAGAUGCAGCCAAGAACCAGGUGGCCAUGAAUCCCGAAAACACUGUUUUUGAUGCAAAGCGACUGAUUGGUCGACGUUACGAUGACCCUACAGUCGUAUCCGACAAGAAACACUGGCCCUUCAAGGUGGUAAACGAAGCAGGAAAACCAAAAAUCAGUGUAAUUUACAGAGGAGAGCAAAAGAGUUUCUUUCCAGAAGAGAUUUCUUCAAUGGUGCUGAACAAAAUGAAAGAAACUGCAGAACAAUAUCUCGGAAAGACCGUAACGGACGCAGUUGUAACAGUUCCGGCUUACUUCAACGAUUCUCAGCGGCAAGCGACCAAGGAUGCAGGAACAAUCUCCGGGAUGAACGUUCUCCGAAUCAUCAAUGAGCCAACGGCAGCAGCUAUUGCAUACGGUUUAGACAAAAAGGUUGGUGGUGAGAAGAAUGUGUUAAUCUUUGAUCUCGGUGGUGGUACUUUUGAUGUGUCGAUACUUACAAUCGAAGAUGGAAUCUUUGAGGUGAAGUCGACAGCGGGCGACACACAUCUGGGGGGAGAGGAUUUCGACAACCGCAUGGUGACCCACUUCAUCCAGGACUUCAAGAGGAAACACAAGAAGGACAUCUCAGAAAACAAGCGAGCAGUUCGACGUCUACGAACGGCCUGUGAACGAGCAAAACGAACUCUAUCUUCCAGUAGUCAGGCUAGUAUUGAAAUAGACUCCCUCUUUGAAGGCAUCGAUUUUUACACCAGCAUCACCCGGGCUAGAUUUGAGGAACUUAACGCCGAUCUCUUCAGAGGAACGCUGGAACCUGUGGAGAAAGCGAUGCGUGAUGCAAAGUACGACAAGGGUCAAAUCCACGACAUUGUUCUGGUGGGCGGGUCAACUCGAAUCCCCAAGAUCCAGAAAUUGUUGCAGGAUUUCUUCAAUGGCAAGGAGCUGUGUAAAAGUAUCAACCCAGACGAGGCUGUCGCGUACGGAGCAGCUGUGCAGGCUGCGAUUCUGUCUGGCGACAAGUCAGAGGCGGUUCAGGACUUGUUACUUCUCGACGUGGCGCCUCUGUCGCUGGGCAUCGAGACGGCCGGCGGUGUGAUGACCAGUCUGAUCAAGAGAAAUACUACGAUUCCCACCAAACAGACGCAAACGUUCACCACCUACUCGGACAACCAGCCCGGAGUGCUCAUUCAGGUGUACGAAGGUGAGCGUGCCAUGACCAAGGACAAUAACCUUCUGGGCAAGUUCGAACUGACUGGCAUCCCCCCUGCCCCUCGGGGUGUCCCCCAGAUUGAGGUAACCUUUGACAUCGAUGCCAACGGUAUCCUGAACGUAUCGGCCGUCGACAAGAGCACGGGCAAGGAAAAUAAGAUCACCAUCACCAACGACAAAGGUCGUCUUUCUAAAGAAGAAAUUGAGCGCAUGGUCAACGAGGCGGAGGCAUACAAGGCCGAUGACGACAAGCAGCGGGAUCGAAUCCAGGCGAAGAACGGGCUGGAGAGCUACGCGUUCAACAUGAAGUCGACGGUGGAGGACGAGAAACUGAAGGACAAGAUCAGCGAGAGUGACAAGAAGACGAUCACGGACAAGUGCAGCGAGGUCAUCCAGUGGCUCGACUUGAACCAGCUGGCCGAGAAGGAAGAGUUUGAAGACAAGCAGAAGGAGCUGGAGGGAAUCUGUAGCCCCAUCAUCACCAAGCUCUACCAGGGUGCAGGCGGAGCACCCGGCGCUGGAAUGCCAGGAGGGAUGCCGGGAGCCGGGGGGGCUGGGGGAGGAGGAAAUGGAGGUCCGACGAUUGAAGAAGUAGAUUAAAAAAGGUUUCACACCUACAAAAGGACUACUUGACUGCAUAGUGCCAUAAUAUUUUAGUCAUUCCUUUUUUCUUUUCAACAUCACCUGUCCUCUAAACAAGUUUCUAUUAACACUCCAGUUGAUUGGGAGGUUACCCAACACCUGCAUCCCUGGUGGCUAUGAUUUCCCACCCUUAUCGGAACCUGCAUGAGAUAUGGCUUACCAACUACAGGUCCGCCACAGUACCUGAGAGUCGUGCAUGUCAUUACUGACAGAUGCCACCAUAACGGUUGUUACUAACAUCAUGUUUUUGGUUUUUGAAGGGUAUCCCACAAUCUGAUUAAAAUUAGUUCUACUGGUCUCGCCAGUAGAUCUAACAGCAUUGCGUGGACUCCCGUGUCCAGGUGACAUUUCAU